GCGCGAGCUUCGGAUAGUGGUGUAUACGGAUGCGAGUUUAAAGUAGGUAGCGAAGUGCUUUCUCGUGUUUCAUCGACAUUAGUGGUUGAAAUUGGUGCGGAAGAAGACUGGAAUAAGAGACGUGAAGAUGUUGAUGAGACGGUAGUCGAUCGAAGCUUAUUGUAUGCAGUGGUUGCUUGCGUUAUCACGUUGAUUUUGUUGUCGGCUGGUGUAUGUGGUGUUUUUUGUCUGAUGAGGAAACGAAAAGGGACGAGGCAGUACUGUUCAGUAAAGAGCGAUUCCGCAGCGGCAACCACUGAAAAGCAGCAUUCAGCGGUCGAAAAAGACAGUGCUGCGGCGUCAGGGAAAACACACAUUUGUAUAUCAUUUAGGCGCAGCGAAAAAUAA